AGUUUAGACACUACCAUUGCGAAAGUGCCGCGUCAACUGGGAGUUUUGUAGUGGAGAUGGAGCGAAUGAAGAUGCAGCUGCCUCAGAGCCCGAGCGCUUUGUGUUUCGAUAAAGAUGAGUUCAUGAAGGACUCCUUUGAUGUUGACCACUUUGUGUCAGAAUGUAGAAAGCGUGUGCAGCUGGAAGAUCUUCGAGAUAAUCUUGAGAUUUAUUAUCGUCUUCUCAAAACUGCCAUGGUUGAGCUCAUCAAUAAGGACUACGCAGAUUUUGUGAACCUCUCUACAAAUUUGGUUGGAAUGGAUAAAGCUCUGAGUCAGCUUUCUGUACCACUAGGACAACUGAAAGAAGAAGUAUUGAGCCUCAAAACAUCUGUUAAUGACGGCAUUAGUGAAGUGGAUGUGCGUCUGGCUAAACAAGAUGAUCUAAGGAAAAAAAAGAUGUGUGUGUUAAGGAUGAUUCAUGUUAUUUAUUCUGUUGAGAAGAUUGAAGGCAUCUUGAACUCCCAGAACCGUAAAGAAAAUGCAGAAUUGGACAGCACGUUGCUGACCGGGCAGAUCUUAGAAAGAAUUGCCACAGAAUUUAAUCAGUUGCAGUUCCAUGCUGUUCAAAGCAAAGGCAUGCCUCUUCUCGAUAAAGUGAGACCUCGUAUUGCUGGCAUCACAGCUAUGUUACAGCGCUCCCUAGAAGGUCUCCUGUUGGAAGGCCUUCAGACCUCUAAUGUGGAUAUAAUUCGUCACUGCUUGAGAACAUAUGCCACAAUUGACAAAACAAAGGAUGCGGAAGCACUUAUUGGCCAGGUGCUAGUAAAACCUUAUAUUGAUGAGGUUAUAGUGGAGCAAUAUGUACAGUCCCAUCCCAAUGGACUCCAGGUUAUGUAUAACAAACUUUUAGAGUUUGUUCCUCACAAUUGUCGACUUCUACGAGAGGUAACAGGAGGAGCGAUAUCAAGUGAAAAAGCCGAUAUGGUUCCAGGAUAUGACUUCCUAGUAAAUUCUGUUUGGCCGGAGAUAGCACGUGGAUUAGAAGACAGGUUGCCUUCACUGUUCAACCCCGGGAAUCCUGAUAUAUUUCACCAGAAAUACUGUAUAAGCAUGGAUUUCCUACGAAAAUUUGAAAGGCAAUGUGGUUCACAAGCAAGUGUAAAAAGAUUACGUGCUCAUCCCUCUUACCACAGCUUUAAUAACCGGUGGAAUUUGCCUGUCUAUUUUCAGAUAAGGUUUAAAGAAAUAGCCGGAAGCUUAGAAUCUGCUUUAGUUUAUCACCUAGAGGAAGCUUCAGCUAAAGGUGUAUAUUGUCUUAAAGCUACAAGUGUCCUAUGGGCCUGUCUAACUGCAUGUUGGUCUGAUCAGAUCUACCUACCCUUACUUGCUCACCGUUUCUGGAAGCUGACCUUGCAACUGCUGUCACGCUAUUGUGUAUUUAUUAAAGAGUUGGAAAUCUCUGCAGUUUCAGAAGACAAUUUAACUGAAAGCAAAAGUUUGACAACCCUUGUCAGAGAAGAAUCCCCUGCUUCCAGCUCUGAAGACCAGCAAAUUGGAUCGAUACCAGAUGCCCAGAGUUCUGUGUUGUCAACACAUCAGCUGAUUCUUAUUGUUGCAGAUAUAGAGAAAAUAAUGGAGCAGUUGCCAGGAUUAAUGGAUGUGAUUAAAGUCAAACUUAGUGUAACUGGAUUUAAGAAUAUGGAAAUAAUUAAAGGCGCACUGGGGGACGUAUCCAGUUCUUUAUCAGUACCUCUCCCAGCCAUAAACAACAGAAUUUCAGUGGACCUAGGAGAAUCCUGCUUGGUGUACUUUAAAAGUGUCCUAGAAGUCCCUAGACUUUACCGAAGAACUAACAAAGAGGUACCCACAAAGGCGUCCCCUUAUGUGGACAGUGCUCUCAAGCCACUGUGCCAACUUCAGCAGGAGUAUGGACAUACAGUAAAAGAAGUAACCAGACAAGAAUGGCUGAAAGGAGCCCUCUCAGAAUGUACACACAAGUAUUAUGAGACUGUGUCUGAUGUGCUCAGCUCUGUUAAAAGAAUGGAAGAAAGUCUGAAAAGACUCAAACAAGCACGGAAAACUACAAUGUCCAGUAAUACUAUCAAUGGUGGAAUGAGCGACGAUAACAAAAUUAGGCUUCAGUUAGCACUUGAUGUGGAAUAUUUUGCAAAUCAGAUUCAGAAUUUUGGAUUGUGUACAGAUGACUUAAAAAGCUUUGCAGUUCUUAAAGAUUUGGUUCAAGUUGCCAGGGAACAAAUCAUAAUGGAAUAAAACAAAUUUAAUUGUAGAAGCAUUACAAUGAUUGAUUUACAUAUUUUUCAUCUGGUGCUUUACAGGUUAUCACUUCCCAGGUCUUUAAUUACAAAACUGAUCUGAUUGAUAUUACUAUACUAAUGAAUAUAUAACCUUCAGUCUGCAGCGUAUGAAAUUAUUAGUCAUAUUACAGUAUAUUUUAUUUUUAUCGGUGCAGAAAUGUCAUUUUAGUUACACUCUUAAUUGUAGUUGAGUUAAUAAGUGGUUACCUCUCUGCCAGGAAUGGGAUAAAGGGGCACCCUUGAUAUUGGGAUUUGUGUAGGUCAUACAGCAGUCAGGUUCUAUUGAUAUCAUGGGGAAAAAAACUAAUUUAAUAUUUUCGAACCCCCAUGGUUACCUUUUAUGUGUGUAAUAUAAAUAUAGCUUUCUCUGUUUAGCCUUUUUGGUAUUUGUACAAAUAAAUUCCUUUAAACAGU